ACCAAACCCUCGUCGCGUCUCCAAAGCCACCGUACACACACUCACAUCCCCAACCCAUGGCGGCGAUGGCGCUCGACAAAUUCGGUUCAGCUGCGGGCUCGAACGCGACGAAUCAACCGAGCAAGCUCCGAUGGGGAGAGCUCGAGGAGGACGACGGUGAGGACUUGGACUUCCUGCUCCCGCCUCGCCAAAUAAUCGGGCCAAACGAGAACGGAAUCAAGAAGGUGAUCGAGUACAAGUUCGACGAAGACGGAAACAAGGUCAAGAUCACGACCACGACCCGGGUCCGGAAGCUUGCCAAGGCCCAGCUGAGCAAACGGGCCGUGGAGCGCCGGUCCUGGCCCAAGUUCGGCGACGCGGUUCGUGAGGACGUUGGUAGCCGCCUCACCAUGGUCUCCACCGAGGAGAUCCUUCUUGAGCGCCCCAGGGCUCCUGGUACCAAAGCGGAAGAAAGCAAGGUAGCAGGAGACAACUUGGCUCAGCUUGGUAAAGCAGGUGCUGUUCUCAUGGUGUGCAGGACUUGUGGUAAGAAAGGUGACCACUGGACAUCUAGGUGCCCUUACAAGGAUCUUGCCCCACAGACCGAUGCCUUCGUUGAUAAGCCUCCUACAUCAGACACCUCUGUGGUUGCACCUGGUGCUGGGAAGGCAGCUUAUGUGCCUCCAAGCAUGAGACCAGGUGCAGAAAGAGCCAGUGGAUCAGAUAUGAGGCGCAGGAAUGAUGAAAAUUCAGUUCGGGUCACUAAUUUGUCCGAGGAUACUCGGGAGCCCGACUUGCUUGAACUAUUCCGCCCAUUUGGCUCUGUUACUCGUGUUUAUGUUGCUAUUGAUCAAAAGACUGGCAUGAGUAGAGGCUUUGGUUUCGUCAACUUUGUAAACAGGGACGAAGCUGAGAGAGCUAUCAACAAGCUCAAUGGAUAUGGUUAUGACAGCCUCAUCCUUCGAGUUGAAUGGGCUACACCCAGAGCAAACUAGACUAUUCAAGAGUUAUUGGAGAGUUAAAAUGGAUUCUGUUGCCAUUAUUAUACUUUUAUCAUAUUGUAUUUUUAUUAGCCUUUUUGUUAUGGGAGUUUUUCUUUUUUCUCCCUUUUUUUUUUUUGAGUUCAAAUUCAUAAAUGCAAGUUCGAAAUGAUACUUUU